GGGAAAGGGUUCAUUGCUGCCACGUCCAUUUCUUGCAAGACUGCUUUCAAGGACCUGAGCCCAUAUUCUGCCUCCAAAUUGGCGGUGCGCGGACUAUGUCAUGCUGCGGCGCUCGAUCUGGGGAUGCAUGGGAUCACGGCGAACUCGUAUUCUCCGGGAGCGAUUAACACUGCGUUGCGUGAGUAA